UUUAUGAAUUAACGUUUAUGAUUGUAUCUUUCUUUUGCAGGUCUACAGGAACCAUGGAUUUGAUAGACACGCAAACAUUUGGCUUUGUUAUUGCGUUUCUCGUCGCUUUUGUCGGAUUGGUCAUAGCAUGCUCAAAACGUUUUCCAAACGAGAAUAUAAGACGAUCGACUCAAAAGACGAAAGGACCUGUCAAGUUUGAGGAUCAUGACCAACCGUCGCUACGUAAUAGGCGGCCAACAACUAUACCAAGGGAAGCCACGCCGAUAAUGUCUUCGGUUGGUACACCUCUACCUAGGCAACCUUCAUCUACGUCAGCAGCACCCAGACCUGCUCCUAUGCCACAUACCCCACAGCAAUAGCCCUUUCACCCAAGACAAUAGAUCCUUCACCCACGACAAUAACACCAACAACCCCUUUAAGGGGACCUACACCGACGCCAAAGACUCCUACACUUCCGGCUAUGCCACCUACAUCAACGCCAAGAACACCUACAUCCACGCCAAGAUCUCCUACACCUCCGGCUAUGCCACCUACAUCCGUGCCAAGAGCACCUACACCUCCGGCUACGCCACCUACAUCCACGCCAAGAGCACCUACAUCCACGCCAAGAUCUCCUACACCUCCGGCUACGCCACCUACAUCCGUGCCAAGAGCACCUACACCUCCGGCUAUGCCACCUACAUCCGUGCCAAGAGCACCUACAUCUCCGGCUACGCCACCAACAUCAGCGCCAAGAGCACCUACACCUCCGGCUACGCCAACCUACAUCCAAGCUAAAGAGCACUACACCUCCGGCUACGCCACCUACAUCCAAGCCAAGAGAACCGACACCUCCGGCUACGCCUACUACAUCCACGCCAAGAGCACCUACACCCUCCGGCUACGCCCACCUACAUCCCACGUCAAGAGCACCUACAUCCACUCCAAGAGCACCUACACCUCCGGCUACGCCCCUACAUCCAUGCUAAGAGCACCUAAACUUCCGGCUACGCCACUAUACAUCCAAGCCAAGAGCACCUACACCUCCGGCUACGCCUACUAA